CAGGAGGCUGCAAGGCUACUUGGGUCAAUUAUUAGUCAUCUCUAGGACUGGUCCCUCGCUAGUCACUAGUCGCUAGUCACCCGCUAGUCACUAAUCCGCCUGUCCAGCCAAGCCAAGUCUCCGCCUAACCAUGGGCAACACUUCCUCCUCCUCAGGCCGCGGAACCCACGACGACUCGGUCGACUUUGGUUCCCUCCAUCCCCAGGGCGUCUACACCGGCACACCCGACUGGAACCACCAGAUCGUCACUCAGCUCAUCGCAGACCGCAAGCUCGCACCCUUCUACCGCCCUCUCGAGGACUAUGAGGACGACUGGGAUGAGGCUCAGAUCCUCGCAGCCCGCAAGUCUCCCCCGCAGCCCGACGCUAGUUCUUCAGCCUCCAACGUCGUCGAUGGCUCUCAGGGAGGCGGUAGCACCCCAUCCCGCGUCGAUUCCCGUGACGGGUCCAAGCAUUCUGCCUCCCGCAGAGCCAAUCCCGCACAGAAGGACAGGGAUGCCCACCCGCAAUGUCUAGAGGCCGCAGUCUACCGCGGCGCCGUCGAGUGUCCCAUUUGUUUCCUCUAUUAUCCGGCAAACAUCAACCGAUCUCGCUGCUGUGACCAGGUCAUAUGUACAGAGUGUUUCGUACAGAUCAAGCGUGCUGAGCCCACCGCGACACAUCUCGUAUCCGAACCGGCUGCCUGUCCAUAUUGCGUACAAGAUAACUUCGGUGUAGUCUACUCCCCACCCGUAUGGCGAACUGGCCUUGGUAGCGAAGGCGCGCCACUUCCGCCGUGGGCCGAAGGUGCCAAAGACGUCCGACCUGCUCAACAGCCAAAGUCGCGCCGUCGCAAGUCUUUCAGUGCCGAUGCUCCUGAAGUAGUCACCAUUGACCACAUCCGUCCCGACUGGGAAGCCAAGUUAAAUUCCGUGCGCGCAGCCGUCGCCCGACGCGCCAACCGUCGCAUCAUCAUGCGUCAAGUUGGCGACCGUCUCAUUCCCGUCGGAGUCACAUCCGGUCGCGUUCACCCAAUUUCCGGUCAAUCUUCACAUGGUCACUCCCUUCCAGGUGGUGGCGCACUGGCACAUUUCCUUGGCGGAGGCGGAGUUUCCAGCUCGCAGGACGAUAACCACGACGGUGAAGGGGAAGGACGGGAACGGGAAAGAGAGCGAGGUAGCCGGAGGUUCAGAAGACACAGAGAGCGAGACCUGUCUCAGAUGCUCGGACAGAUGGGUCUUGGUGGGAUGGCAGGGCAGGAUCUGGAGGAGCUCAUGGUUAUGGAGGCAAUGCGGCUUUCACUUGUUGAGCACGAGGAACAACAGCGGAAGGAGGAAGAGAAACGCAAGAAGGACGCGGCGGAAGCGGCAGCACGUGGCGAAGGUGCUGGAGAGGAGUCUGUCGCAGCGAGCACAGGCGCAUUAUCAAUUUCCGGCACUUCUGCCGCGGCAACGUCGAGCACCCCUACGCCUACCUCCGGUUCAGGUUCAAGCACCGAUGUAGCGGCAGAAGGCUCACCAGUCCCUUCCCCUGAACCUCAGUCGAGCUCUCAGCCAUCUGCACCAGAGGUGGCUAGUGCUGCUCCUAUCACACUGGCUGGCUCGCAACCCGCCACCUCGUCGUCAUCUCUUUCAUCCGCCUCGUCGCUAUCCUCUCUCUCUACUCCUCCCCCCGCUUCUACCGAGACGACCACUGUCACGACCACCACUGAUGCCCCCGCGCCCGCACCCACAGACAUGCCCGUUGUUGACGUGCCGUCCGAGGUUGCGCUCGCCACCGCAGACGCAAGCGCGCCUCAGGAUGGCUUCGCGCACGAGCCACACGGUUUCGAGGAGAACGGCGAGACUGACACAGAAUCCGCGGUGACGGCGAACGAGGAGGUGCACCCUCCAAUAGCGACGUUGGGGGAGGAACCCGCAUCGGGGCCGGGCCCACAGGCAGCCGUCGAGCCACCGAAACAUGCCCCGGCCGCAGGGGUGCUUAUGCCCGCGGCGGAAUCAGCGAACGAGGGCGCCGGGUCUGCGUAGACGUCCGAUUCAUGUACAGUGCAGAGCACUCGGUCUGAGGCACUGGAAUGUCGCGGUGUCGUGAUCUAUCCGCGUGUCUCGUACUGACGCGACCUGUGGCGUUUUUGUGGGCGUUGUACUAAGUACCGCCUGUGGUUGCCCAGCAUUCCUUUUCCCUUUUCUCUCGCUAGAUCUGCAUCAUGUCGUUUUGUCUUUAUCUGCCUUUUAUGUCUGAUAGACUGGAGCGUUUGUAGUACACUAUAUAUAUUUUUACGAUGUGGCAGUGAAUGACAAUGGGGAUGAGGUGAUUUAAGC